AUGCGCAAGGCGCCAGCCCCAGCCGCGCUUCCUGGAAGCACGGGCAGGCUCUUGCCGCCGUCAGCAGCAGUACGGGCAGCAGCAACCCCACCGGUGCAAGCCUCGACGUCGGGUGAAGGCGUUUCAGCAGCUGAAGGCGUGCACGUGUAUAUUGUGCUGGCUUCCGGGGGUAUAGGGAGGCGCUGCGGCGGACUGCAGCCGAAACAAUUCCAGCCGCUGCUGUGGGGGACAGACGCAGCCUCCAUCUCGGCUGCUAAGCUCCUUUCCAUCAACAGCUGCAACAGCAGUGACACCUGCAGCGGCAGUAACACCUUCAUUUUAGAGGGUAUGGUCGUUGUUGCCGCGCCGCAGUACAGGCAUCGUCUCUUGCCCGUUUUUGAGAGGUUUCAGCAGCAGCAGCAGCAAUCCUGUGCCUUUUUAUUUGCGUCGCCAGGCGAGGAGCGGUGGGAGUCCGUUUGGCACGGGGUAGAGCAAGUCUGCAUGCACCUUCAGGAGCAGCAAGAGCAACACAAGGACGAAGAAGAAAAGCAUCAGCAGGGGGAAAGGCGCAGCCAGCAGGGGCUCCAGAAUUGUGCGCAAACCCCUGCAGCUCGCAGACAAAGAGCUCUCGAAUUCCUUCGAAUAGUUCGCUCUCAGCAACAAGACCAGCAGCAGAAAACGCCGCGCGGGGUGUACGUACUGGUGCACGAUGCAGCCCGGCCUUGCAUGCCCCCCACAGCAGCAGGAGCCGCAGUUGCUGCUGCUUCUGCUGCAUCAAGAAGCUCCGCAGUCGUGUGCUCAGCAGCAACAGACACCGUGAAGCUAGGAACGCCAAAGGCAGGCGUGUAUGGCCAUCUACCUCGCGGAGACACCCUGCUAGCACAAACUCCCCAGGUGCUGAGACUUGACGUGCUGCUUCAGGCCUUCGCCGAGCUCUUCGCGUUGCAGCAUGAGCAGCAGCAGCUACAACAAACGUCACCGCAGCACCAAAAACGCCUCCAGGAGAUUGACGCGAUCCUGCAAGGCAUUACAGAUGAUGUCUCCCUCUUGCAACUGCUGCCGAACUCAGCAGCAAGCGCGGCAGCACAAGCCAGAGACUCAGCGUGCGCCGUUGUGUUGAGCGGCGACAGCCGAGAAAACUUGAAACUCACAACACGAGGAGACAUCGCUGCUGCCGCUGCACUGCUGCUGCAAGAGGCGGAUACUCCCGAGGCGUUGCCGUGGCUGCGCCUAUUGGGCUUGAGCCACAGCAGUGGCAACAACGAC